GAGAGGGGCAUUUUGGACUCCGACACCAGCAACGGCCUCCUCUCUCGUCCAGCGACGUUGCCAGCGUGCGUGCCUGGGCCGGGCUGUUACGACGACGGAAGAAAGAAAAAAAACCUCAAACGCGCUGAUUGCCAGCAGGUGACGCGGCGCAUCCGAUCCAGCGUUUCCCCGACCGAGGACUUCGGCAUCUCGCACCGCACCAUUGAAACUCGCGGGCGCCACCUCGUCCGCAACUCCCGCCAGGCCAUCAUCGACAGGUGCCGUAAGCCAGCCUUGCCUUAGUUUCCCCGCCUCUGGGUCCGGCACCUUGCUUGGUUCCAUCCAGGUUGUCUCCCGUUCCGUCGCUUCGGCACAGCACUACAACGUACCUUACCUACUGCUGUGCAGUACUGCCCCCCCUCGCAAACGCUCCUCGCCUGGCGUGCUCUUGAGCCCACGACGCACCCGACACUUGCUCCCGCCGCGCCGGACACGACAGGCCGCUCCCGCACCCGAACACCCCUCCGUCCUGCCCGACCUCAGCCUUACCGCCGGGGUUGCUGCAUCCCAUCGUGGUGUAUCUGCACCCUCGCCCCCGAUUGUAUGCAAGUCACCGGAGCGUGAACCAAACAUUCUUGGCGCUUGCGCCGUGUCGUCCCGUGUCUCGCCUCCCGUCCGCCUCGACUCUGGGCCCCGGCGUGCCCCGUCAAACCCCCAACCCACCCGGCCCCAGAGGGAGCCGCCACUACGUGACCAGGCCGAGCCCUGGAUAUCGGACGGCGCCUGGUCGGCGUUGCAUAGGUAGGUAGUAUAAGAAAUGUCGUCAGAGUCGUCGGCGCCCGCGCAGGGCCCGGAACCCGGCCCGGCGCCGAUGGUCCAACCUCCGCAGCAACCUCAUCACCUCGCGCAGCAACACUCAUCGCAGCAGCUGUCGCUCCAGUACCAGCCAGACCUGGCUGCCAUGAAGCUGACCCGUGGCACGAGUUGUGUGCUCUGCCAACAGCGCAAGGUCCGCUGCGACAAGAACAAGCCGUGCGCAAACUGCGUCAAGGCCGGCGUUGAGUGCAAAGUCGUUCCGCCCGCUCCGCCGCGCCGGCGCAAGAAGCGCCUCCAGGAGAAGGAUCUCAUUGACCGGCUCAAGAAGUACGAGGCCUUGUUGAGUGAGCACGGGGUCAAGUUUGAUGCCAUUGGCCAGGAUCUGCGGAGCGACGGGCCGCAGAUAGACGACGUUGAAGAUCUGGAGAAUGAUUUCGAGGGUCUCAAGACGUCGCCAGAAGCCAGUGCGUCCCCUUCGGCGACGCCCAACCAUGAAAAGACGGCAGGUGCUUGGUUCUCUCUCCACAAAGAAUUUCGAGCAAGUGAGCAGAUCCUCCACGACUCCUCGGAUGAUGAGGCACCUGGAGUUCAAGGGUCGACCAUCCACCGCGCCUUUGACCAGAUGUUCAGCGACUCAGAUGGCUUUCCCUUCAUUAAUCCCACCAGGAAAGAAUCUGUCACCGACGACCAUCCUUCCCCCAUACAGAUUUUCCAGCUGUGGCAGAUAUAUAUUGACAACAUCAACCCAUUACUCAAGAUCACUCAUGUGCCCACGGUUCAGGGCCAAAUCAUAGAGGCCACCUCGCGACUGGACAAGGCGCCCAAAAACAUUGAAUGCCUCAUGUUUGCCAUCUAUGUCAUGGCCAUCACGUCACUUGAGGAAAGCGAGGUUCAGAAAAUGUUCGGCGAGUCGAAAAAAGAUAUCCUCGGCCGCUACUUCUCGGCGCUUCAACAAGCGCUACUGAAUGCGGGCUUCCUGCGGAACCACGAUUUUUACUCUCUUCAAGCAUACGUCCUAUACCUGUUUGCCGUGAGGUGGUUCGUAGACCCUCGCCAGGUCUUCUGCUUACUUGGCAUAGCUGUCCGCAUUGCGCAGCGCAUGGGUCUUCACCGGGACCCUGGGGGCAUUGGCCUGCCCCCGUUCGAAGUCGAGCAGCGUCGGCGACUUUGGUGGACCAUUGUAGGAUACGAUCGGCGGAUAGGGGAAAUGACCGGAUCGACCGUCACGGCCUUAUCUACCGGCGGCGACUGCAAGAUGCCGCUCAACGUCAACGACUCUGACCUGCACGUUGAGGGCAAGGAGAUGCCUGCGCCGCAUAGUGGGCCGACCGAGAUGCUGUUCGCCCUCACUCGGAAUGAAAUCGCCAUGGCGGUCGCCAGCAAUAGCAACCGGGACAGCUACAAGAUGCACAAUCCCGACAAAGGGAGCCCGUCGUCGUCGCAAGGAAGCGGUUCUAAGCCACAGCCAGCCACCAUCCGAAUCAUCGGCCAAGACUCACCGGCGUACAGUCUGGAUGGCUUCUGCGCCCACAUGGAGGGAACCUAUCUCUCUCAAUGCGACCCCAAGAUUCCUCUGCACUUUUUCACCUUGACAAUGACACGGCAAAGUCUUUGCAAGAUGCGGGUCAUCAGUUUCCUGGUUCGCAUGCACAAUGCGGAGGCGAUGCCCAUCAAGGACAUUGAGCGUGACUCCCUGUUUCUUCAAGCCACGCAAAUGAUUGAGUACGACAACGUCGUUCAGUCAUCAGAAAGUUUGAAGCCAUUCAGGUGGUUUUCCAUGCACCACUUUCCCUUCCCGGCCUACAUGUUUCUCGUUCAAGAGCUUCGCCAUCGCGUGAGCGGCCCUAUGAUAGAGCGGGCGUGGGAAGCGAUUGGCACCAACCACGAUCUUAGGGGUCUAAUGAACAAUCUGCACAGCCCCAUGCACUCAGCGUUUGGGAACUUGUUCUGCAAGGCUUGGGAUGCGCAUGAGACAUCGCAGCGACAAAAUGGGAAACCGGCGCAGCCGCCCCGAUUCAUCACCGUCCUGCGCGAACGCAUAGAGAAGAAACGACGGGCCCGUGUGGAUAACGACAAGGACCCGAGCCUACAGCAGGCACCUAUUGCCUUUCCGCGUUCCCGGGACACCGACCAUUCCACCCCCAACAGCGCCACUAGCAACCCAGCCAUGAUGACUCCCCCGUCGGUGGACCAGUCCAUGUCAGGCACUGGUCCUCUUCCGCCGCUACCGCCCGGCUCUGCGCAGGUACACGACACGAAUGACAUGGACUGGUCAUAUCUCGUGGCCGGAUACCAAGACAUGGGGACGUUGCAGGGAUACAACAACUUUGCCGGAUUUGGGAAUAUGGGAGGGGCCAUGGGUGGGAUGCCGCCUCCCGGCGGGGGCAACAACAUGUACGGUGGGUAAUCACCAUGCCGGCAUAUAAGGCAGGGGGGAAGCAACGAGACUUAUAUAGGUUGCAUUUUCAGAUGCUGGCGCCGGGUCUGUUCUUUUGGAUACCACCACAAUGAGCGGCGAGAGGACGGUACGGCAUUGAUGGAGUCUUGGAAUCACGUGUACCAUCAUCACUGGCUCAGGCCAUUCUUCAACAAUCAAAGUCUGCAAAAUUCUCAUCUCUGUUGUG